UAAGCGAGUAGCAGCGCAUGUCAGUUUACAAUUGAUAACCGUAGCGAAAAUAACUCCCUCUGUCGGCUGUAUUUGUUUACAUUCAACUUUUACAAGUGACAUGAGCGUCUUUGUGUAUUAGAAAAAUUAGAUAGUGGCUUUUUCACCUGUUAACCGAUUUGGAUUUUGACAGAUAAAGAGGUGAAUCGGAUCUUUUGGAAAUAUUGAUACAAAAAUAAUUUAUCAAGACGCUUAUAUACACCAAUGAUGACAUGCAUGUUGUCAUUGCCUCCUUUAAUAACGAACCCUUUUAGCGAGGGUGGUGUUGAUAAACAAAGAAGUGAUUGUGAACAUUUUGAUUAUAAUUGGAUUAACUCGAAUCCAUCCCAUUCAGAAUUGUGUAUCGGGCAAAGAGGCUUCGACUCGUGUCAAGUUGGAACAUGCAUUGGUACAUCGAUUUCACGUGCAAAAGAUAAAGGCAGUGAUGUUAAUGUAGACUAUUUUAAUAAGAAAUGCGAGACGGGGUCGACAGAAAUUGAACCACAAAAGGAAAUGUGUCACUUUAAUUUUCAAAAUGCCAUGAAAUCUGUGGGUGGUAAGGAAGACAAACUACCGGACCAAAGUAGCACAGGGAGCCAGGGGAUCAAAAGGAAAAGCGACACAAAUGAUUGCAAGCUAGAUUACAUUCCUACAAAACGAAUAUCACCCUUCUUAAAUACACCAAAACAGAGAAAAGACGAUCGCAAGAAAAUUCUUAAAAUUUCAAUAAGAAAGAUAAAAGAGUUAAAUGAUCCGGAAAUAUUUCUAAGAAGAACAGUGCUUGUUAACAACACUAUGAAACGUUUACAAUCGGAAUUAAGAGAAGAGAAAGUGAAAACAAAGAGACGAAAGUCGUUCAAUUUGUACGGUGUGCCUCAAAAUAAUUGCUUCUCAGAUUUAUAUCUAUGUGACGAUCCUUUUCUAAGUGGUGUAAACGAGGAAAUCACUGACGACAUGACAGACACACUUAUAAAUAAUGUGUUUCAUGAUAAAUCAAGCGACGAUAAGAAAGAAAUUGUUAGUGAAACGUCUGACAGAGACUGUAAUGAUAUGGACGUUUCUGAAAAUCGGAACUGUGUUGACGCAAGAUUGGCAACGCCUAUAAAUAGUUCAGAUGAACGUAGUUUGCCACAAGGAUCUGGUUGGAAUACAGACGCUACUAAGACGCCUAUGGAAGAAAAUUGUAAUUUAACACGUGUUACUAAUUAUAGAACAGAUUUAAAAGAAGAAAUGGAUGCCAGCGGGUCUAGUGAUUCAAAGGAAAUACAUGAUUACAAAUUAGACAUUUAAAUAAACACUUGUCAUUAUAAGUUUAAAGGCACAUAAUGCCUCAGAAAUGAAUAACUUUGUAAAAGCAAACGUGAGUUAGAGGCUUUUACAUGAAGAAAGUAACACUGUAAGUGGACUUUUAUGUUAUAAUUUAUGCAAAAUGUAAACAAAGUAGUAUUUUGACUUUUAUACAAAUUACUAAAUCACUGCAAUUGUACUUAUUGCCAGAAAACUAUCAGAAGCAAAAUAUGGUUCAGGAAAUUGGUCAAUAGGUAUCUAUUUGGAAACUAUACGUUUAACAGAACAAUAAAAUUAAAACGUCUUUCGAUAAAUAUAAAUAAAACCAAUUCUGAGGCAUGUUUGACCUUUGAGAAGCGUUAUGAAUUUAGCUUAAAUAACGUCUCAACCACAUUUUUCAUGUGAUUUUUUUUUCUUAAACAAAAAAACUAAAAUAGCUAUUAAAUGAUAUUUUCAUAUUUUAAAGGGACCAUGCUCUUAAAAACCAAUCGUUACUUUUUGACAUGUAUUAUGUUACUUAUUUUUAGCAUA